UCCGGGGCGGCGGGGCAGGAUGGCGGUGCAGGCCGUGCACCUGGAGGCCGACGCCUUCCUGGUGUGCCUGAACCACGCGCUGAGCACCGAGAAGGAGGAGGUCAUGGGGCUCUGCAUCGGCGAGGUUGACACCAGCCGGAUCGUUCACAUCCACUCCGUGAUCAUCCUGCGUCGCUCUGAUAAGAGAAAGGACCGCGUGGAGAUUUCUCCAGAGCAGCUUUCAGCUGCUUCCACGGAGGCAGAGAGAUUGGCUGAGAUGACAGGACGUCCCAUGAGGGUGGUGGGCUGGUAUCACUCCCACCCUCAUAUCACUGUCUGGCCCUCACAUGUUGAUGUCCGCACACAAGCCAUGUAUCAGAUGAUGGACCAAGGUUUUGUUGGGCUCAUCUUCUCCUGCUUCAUUGAGGACAAAAACACAAAGACAGGCAGGAUUCUCUACACCUGUUUCCAGUCCAUUCAGGCCCAGAAGAGCUCAGAGUAUGAGAGGAUUGAAAUUCCUAUUCAUGUUGUCCCCCAUGAAACCAUUGGGAAAGUGUGUCUAGAAUCAGCUGUAGAGCUGCCCAAGAUCCUUUGCCAAGAAGAGCAAGAUGCCUACAGGAGAAUUCACAGCCUCACCCAUCUUGACUCCGUCACCAAGAUCCAUAAUGGCUCAGUGUUCACAAAGAACCUCUGCAGCCAGAUGUCUGCCAUCAGUGGGCCACUGCUCCAGUGGCUGGAAGACAGACUGGAGCAGAACAAGCAGCGAGUGCAGGAGCUGCAGCAGGAGAAGGAGCAGCUUCUGGAGGAACUGGCUGCUUUAGAGUGAAGGAGGAAAUGCAGACCCUUCAGAAAAGACAUGAAAAAAAACCCUCCACAAGACCUCCUGGCUGAAGGGUGGCCCCACAUUGCCUUACAGUGAAGAUACCAGCUGUGCCUCUUCUCCUGUCCCAUGCUGCAAGGAGCACUUCCACAGGAGAAGGGUUGAUCUGCCUCAGCUGGAUGGGAAGCAGUGGUCUCUCUCCAGAUGUUGCAUGAUGCAGUGCACUUCUAGCUCGGUGGGGUUGGGCAGCACCUGAAGAGACUGUUCUGGAGGGUACAGACCCAGGGAAAAUGUGAUUUCCUCCUCUGUGUUUUGACAGAAGUCUCACUGCUUUGCAUAUAUUCAAGGAGCCUAGAAGAGGAGGGUUAGAAGGGAAAAGUGUGUCCCAGAAAUGAUACUGCCACCUCCUGCCUUCUUUUAGUAGCUUCAGUUGUCUGUGAUCUUACUUCUAGUAAUGUUCUGGAUUGCUGGUUCUCCACCCAGGCAGGAAAGAGGUGUGGGGGGAAGUGACCUGGAAGAAGUUUGACAGAGGAGCUGUGCUCAGUACCCUUCAAACCAAAUAAAGAAUUCCAAAGGCA